AUGCAAGACUUUGGUUCGAGAAGUGAGAAGUACCAUUUCCAUAACUACCUGACUGUACUUGUUAAAGCUCUAGAAAACAAACACACUCUGAUUGAUUUACGGAACGAAAGUAGCGUGACAGGUUUAAUAAAACAUGUAGAUGGUCAGAUGAAUGUGGAAAUGGCGUCGGUUAUAUUUUAUGAUCCACAGGGACGUGUGCAUAAAUUUAAAGAUUUUUAUGUUAGUUCUAGGAAUAUUAGAUAUGUUCAUAUUCCUGAGGGAUUAUCCUCAGUUGAAUUAAUCAAGAAUCAGCUUGCUAGACUCCAGCAAACUACUGUUAGAGAACCCAAAAGAGAUAAUUUUAAGACCAUCAGAGCCAAAAGGUACAAUGAAGAAAUUUUACGCAGCUUAAAUGAACCUCAACCAGGAUCUUCAAAGUCGUGA